AUGGACACAACGCACGGCUCUGAAACCGACGAAGAAGACAACGAGGACGAAGCACAAGAGUAUCUCAACAAGAUGACCGACGACACAAAUCGAAAAGUCGAAACCGUAUUCGGCAAAGGCGUCGAAGUGUGGAAAUCGUUCAACGGCACUAUCUACGCCGAUGUAAACGACAAGGUCAAGAGGAAACAGCGAGACGAAGAGGUGUGGGGGAAAAAGAGGAAACGUGGUGGCGCGGACGGGCAGGGGAAAGUCUUCUACGCCAACACGAGACCUACCGCAGAGUACAUACUCCGACAGUACGAUUUCAUACCCUUCACUGCCAACGAGAUACGAUACCUCAUUUCCAUCUACACCUACAGCGUCGCAAUGGGAGAACUUCCCGGUGCGGCCGUCUCAAGAAGCGGAUUUCCCUGCUGCACCCUUGGAGUACAAGUCUUUGUCGAAGAAGAUUUUAGAGCUGGGAGGUACGGGUACAAGUACGUCUGGCAGCUUCGAUCGGCCCAUCAAGCCGUUGCCAACACGUGUACACCGGAUGGACGGGGUGCAGACGACGGACACUACGUCCGCAUCACCGCGGUCAAAUCGAUCAAACUCUCAGGUACAACCCGUCACUCCUCCGCCCUCUACGCCAACAAGCUUCCUCGGCAGUGUGCUAGGCGGAGCUCGCAGGGCGAUAUCAGGGUCUUUUGGGAGUUUCGAAAGUACACAGGCGGACCGAUUUGA